GGGGGAUCCUGCCCACGCACUCUGAUUGGCUCCGCGACACGUGGUUUCACCAAAAUGACAAGAAUGACGGUAACUUUUGGGCUGGUCGUCCGUUGCUGCACCACUCGCCAAGAUGCCGCCUGCCCCGAACGAGAAGUCUCCGCUGCUGAAGCACCCCGACGUGGCCUCACUGGAGGACCCGCAGCCAGCGCAAGGCGCCACGAUCUGGGAGCUGCGCGUACUGCUCAUCCCAUACUUCUGGCCUAAGACAUGGGGAUUGCGUCUUCGUGUGUUCGUCUCGUUCUCCUUCAUGUUCCUGUCACGAGGGUCUCGCAUCCUUGCGCCGUUGUUCCUGAAGGAGGCAACAAACACGAUUUCGGAAAGCCAAUUCACACAGAUCCCGGUAUUCGCGAUCGCAAUGUAUUGCUCCACACUAUUCGGGUUUGCGGCGGCGAAGCAAUUGCAGACUUAUCUGUAUAUGGUAGUGAAGCAGCACGCAUACCAAGAUGUCGCCGCCAAGUUGUUUGGACACUUGCACAGUCUCUCGAUGAACUACCAUCUCACCAAGAAGACGGGCAAAGUAUUGCGAUGUCUGGAUCGAGGCUCCACGAGCACGGACAAUAUCGUCAACGUCAUUUUCUUCCGCCUGCUUCCCACUUUCGUCGAGCUCGUGGUCGUAUCCAUCGUGUUCAUUUUCUCGUUUAAGGAGAAGAUCUUGUCUGUCGUGACGAUAUUUGGAGUGGUGCUUUACGUUGUCAUCACUGCCAUGGGCACUCGAAUCCGCCUGCGCUUUAAGAAACAAACCAACGAACACGACAACCAGGCCAGUGAGAAGGCUGUUGACUCGCUCGUCAACUUCGAAACGGUCAAGUACUUUUGCACCGAGGACUACGAGCUGGACAGAUAUAUGUCGAGCAUCUACCUCUACCAGAAGUCACAAUUAUCCACCAGAGGACUCAUGAACGCUAUCGUGGUGGCUCAGCAGCUCAUUCAACAGACUUGUCUUGGCGUGUGUCUUCUGAUCUCGGCCCGCAAUAUUUACUAUGGAGUGAUGACUGUCGGUGACUUUGUCGCUGUCACAGUGUACAUCACGAACAUCUUCAAACCGUUGGACUCGUUGGGCAACAUCUACAACACCAUCGUCCAGUCUUUCGUGGAUAUGGAAAACCUGGUUGAGCUGCUGCGUAUCCAACCGGAAGUGCAGGAUAAGCCCAACGCACCGCCACUGGAGGCUUCCCCCACCGCCAGCACCGUGUCAUUCAAUAAUGUGUGCUUCAGAUAUCCGAGCCAACCAGUAGCCAACGGCCUCAAGGACGUGAGCUUCACGGUACCGACAGGUCAUACUGUGGCUAUCGUAGGGUCAACCGGCUCAGGCAAGACGACCAUCAGUCGACUGCUCUUCCGCUUUUACGACGUAUUGUCAGGUAGAAUUUCCAUCAACGGACAGAACAUUGCGUCGGUGCGACAGAAAUCCCUCCGUCGAAGCAUUGGUAUCGUGCCGCAAGACACAGUCAUGUUCAACGACACUAUCCGAUACAAUCUCACAUACGGACAUCGCCACUGCUCCGAGGAAGAGCUCAUUGCGGCCGUGAAAGUUGCCAAUAUCUACGAUUUCAUCAUGUCUUUGCCGAACAAGUUCGACUCGCAGAUCGGCGAGCGUGGUCUGAAAUUGAGUGGCGGCGAGAAGCAGCGUAUCGCUAUUGCACGCCUUGUAUUGAAGAAUCCGUCCGUCGUCGUGCUGGACGAGGCAACGUCAUCGCUGGACACGGUGACCGAGAAGAGCAUCCACCAGGCGCUGAAUACAGCUUGCAAAGGACGCACUACCAUCAUCAUCGCUCAUCGUCUGUCAACUGUGCGCCACGCGGACAACAUCGUCGUGCUCGAAAAGGGCCACAUCGUGGAGACUGGAAGUCACGCUCAGUUGCUGGAGCAAGGAGGCCGCUAUCUACAAUUGUGGACUCAGCAGUCUCGUGAGACGGAGGAACCUGUCGAGGAGUCUUAACUGUGUCCAUGCUGAGCUGUGGUACUUGUAGACGAAAACAUGGCUACAUUCCACACAACAAAAUUUACGGAAAUAGCCAUAUCAAAAAAUCGUACUUAAUGUUUUGCCUGCUGUU